UCUGUCCUUCUCCGUCUCUCAGUCCGGUUCAAAACGGCUCAUUUUGAUCUGUUCUCGAAAUAAACUCACCGUAUUUCAUUAACACAAACUCGGUCCUCCGUCUGCAGGCGCUUUACGCACAGCGGAGGUUCUCCAAAGCGCAACCCGAAGAGCCGUGCGCUUGUCUGCUGGAGACGCGGAGACCCGUGACGCUGGACUCGGUGUGAUGUGGAAGCUUCAGCUCUGAGGUGCUUUUAUCUCAUGAACCUGGCGUGGAAUUUUGCUUUCAAUUAGAAAACUGCUGCGUGGACAAAUGCAUACAAAUGCAUUUAGGAGCCCAACGGACAAGGAGUGGACAAGUAUCUCCAACAGCGAAAGCGAGAUUUCUCAUCCUCCUCCUGUCAGCAUGUGCAGCUGUGCUGCGUGCAGAAGAACAAGGUGUAGAUCUUAUUCAUCAGCUGGGCCUCUCCGGUCGCAGAGACACGCGCUCUUCCAGGACAGCAUACCUCACGUCUCUUCCAUCUCUAACCAUCCUGCCUCCUGGUGUUGGAGUAAUUCUUGGACAGGAUGCCCUCAUUGAAGCACCAUUGGUGGGCCUGCUCCCCGCUGGCGUGGAGGAGGAGUUCUCUGUCAUAGUCACUUUAAGCUCCUGGCGAGCGAACAAUGCCUUUCUUUUUAGUGUGCGUGAUAGCAGGGACAGACUGCAGUUUGGCUUGCAGCUCCUGCCUGGACGAGUAGUCGUUUACACGGGCGAGAAGGCAUCAGUUUACUUCAAGUACGACAUGCAGGAUGGACAGUGGCACUCUUUCUCCGUGGGGGUUCAGCCACGUUGCGUAUCCCUGUACGCGCGCUGUGGGGCCGUGCAGUACAGUGAGGAAACACUGACCCGUCCGCAGACGCUGGGCUCUGAAGGUCGCCUCUUUGUGGGUAGGAUGGACUCCAGGGCAGUGCAGUUUGAAGGAGCUUUGUGCCAACUGGACAUCUACCCCUCUGCCCAAGCUGCGGCGCACUACUGCGACUAUGUUAAAAAACAAUGCAGACAGUCUGAUACGUUCCGAUCCUUGCCCCUGAAGUCCAAGAGCAUAGAGUCCGCCUUCCCAACAGUCUCAUCCUCCCGAAAGUCCCACCAAAGGUCUUCAGAAUUGCACACUCUGAGAUAUAUCCGCACCCUGACCACCCACACCACUGAAGGCACCAGUCUUACUCCUGUGGCAGUUUUCGACCAGUUUUCGACCACAAGCUCACCAACAUUGCGCUCCAGCACACCAAGACAUCUGAGUCCAUCUCUAAACCCCCUCAGCAAGGUUCGAUCCUUAGGCUUCACCGCUGGGACUCCCACCAGUAGUGCCAAAACUGAAAGGAACCUAGUAGGUGAAAAUGACACAGAAAAUCAACAGCUUCUCAAGCAGCCAAGGGCCACUCGGGCCACCCCGGAUUUGUUCACCAUUGUCAAGCAGAGUCGUUUGAAAGAGGCCUCGAGGAAUAAUGGUAAAUCCCACCAAUCUAACAAGGAUCUUGUGCGGACCAAUCUGAAAGUGAAUGGCACCAUCCUGUACCGCGAAGAGAGCAGCUAUAACCUGGUGGAACAAUCCGAGGAUGAGCUCCAAGAGGGGAUGCACGACACAGGAUACUCUGAAGGUUAUGGAUACGACUACGGAUUUGAAGAAGCAGAAUAUUUCUUUGACUAUGAUGGAUUUGUUGGGCCUAAAGGAGAACCAGGUCCUCCAGGUCCCCCUGGCCCACCAGGUCUGCCCGGACCCCCUGGGAAGAGAGGAGCGCGGGGUCCGCCUGGGCCACAUGGGAACCCCGGGCUGCCUGGUUUACCUGGCCCCAAGGGAGCAAAAGGAGAUCCAGGACUGUCCCCGGGUCAGGCACCAGCAGGUGAUCAGGGUGACAGAGGAGGACAGGGUCCACAGGGUCCUAAAGGUGAACAAGGUCUGAAGGGUCCCAAAGGCUAUCCAGGACCUGCAGGUCUGCCCGGAGAACAGGGUUUGCCAGGAUUGCCGGGUGUAUCUGGGGCGGCAGGUUACCCUGGCAGGCAGGGUUUAGCAGGACCAGAGGGAAGUCCAGGACCUAAAGGUGUUAAUGGCUUCAUCGGACCUCCAGGAGUUGCAGGACCACUAGGACUGGAGGGAGAGAGAGGAAUUCCAGGUCCUGUGGGAAUCAAGGGACCCAAAGGCAGACAGGGUGUUGUUGGUGAGGCGGGUGAGAGGGGAGCGCCCGGAAUGAACGGAAAUGAGGGGCCUAUCGGAGGGACCGGCAGCAGUGGAUUCCCAGGCCUCAGAGGUGAUGUGGGGCCCGAAGGACCCCGUGGAUUUCCUGGAAUUGUGGGACCUCAGGGCCUGACCGGAGGGGUGGGGCCACCUGGAUUGAAAGGUGAUAAGGGGGAACCUGGAUUUAGGGGUGAACCUGGAGAAACUGGUUACCAGGGCGACAAGGGAACAGCCGGUAAUCCAGGACCACCAGGACCACGUGGAAAAGCUGGACCACCCGGGAAAACGGGGGAACCGGGACCACAGGGGCCUCCAGGACCACCAGGACCUGAAGGUUUCCCAGGAGACAUCGGUGCACCAGGGUCAAACGGCCCCCCGGGACCAAAGGGUCUUCAAGGAGCCAGGGGCCCCCAGGGACCAUCUGGGCCAAAAGGAACAGAGGGAGACGACGGCCCCCCGGGCCCACCUGGACAGCCUGGUCCCCCUGGCAGGCCGGGUAAGAAAGGUGUCAUUGGUGAAGCUGGUCUUGAAGGUCUGAAGGGAGAAAUCGGUGACCUGGGAAAUGUUGGGAAAAUUGGCCUUCCUGGUCCAGUCGGGCUGAUCGGAAUAAUAGGAGUGAUCGGACAACCUGGAGAAAAGGGUGAUCGUGGCCCUCCUGGUCCUCUGGGUCCUCCUGGAGAGAAAGGUUCAACGGGGUAUCCAGGUCUUCCAGGGGGUCCAGGGGAUUUCGGCCCACAAGGCCCACCAGGUCCACCAGGGCCGAGAGGAGCAGCAGGCGUCCUGGGGCAAAAAGGGCAACGGGGCCCGAGAGGAGCUGACGGGCCGACAGGAGAAGAGGGUCCUGAGGGCGUGAAGGGUGAGAAAGGAUCUCCAGGGAAGAAAGGAGCUCCAGGGUUCAUUGGUAAAGCCGGUGGUCCAGGGAAGAGAGGAGCAGCAGGACCCCUAGGUACACCAGGUCCGCCGGGCAGCACAGGCGAAAAAGGUCCUCCAGGUGAACCAGGUUCCAAAGGCCCUCCGGGGGACGCGGGACCAGAUGGAGAGCAAGGUCACGAGGGACCUCCAGGACCUGAAGGAGAGCAGGGCCCUGUAGGUGAACCUGGACUCAAGGGUGAAAUGGGUUCUGUCGGUGAAGAGGGUGAACAAGGUCAACUGGGCAUCAGAGGUCCUCCUGGACUGCCUGGAGAAGAUGGACAUCAGGGGAAGGAUGGAACAAAGGGUGAGCCAGGUGACCGUGGACCAAUGGGAGAAACUGGGGAAAGGGGCAAGAUCGGUGACUCUGGUCCCCCAGGACAUCCUGGAGAUCCUGGAAAGAAAGGCUUCCCAGGACCUGAGGGAAAACAGGGUCUGUCUGGCAUCCGUGGUCGCCCAGGAAAGAAGGGUGAACGAGGCCCGCCGGGUCACCUGGGAGAAAUGGGCUCUCCCGGCGAAAUCGGACAGACGGGAGAGAGAGGACUCAAAGGUGCUCGUGGAACCAGAGGACCCCUAGGGCGACCCGGAGUGAUGGGACCUCAGGGAGAGCCAGGACUGGAAGGUUAUACAGGUCACGCUGGCAAGCCAGGUCCUGCAGGCCCCCCGGGACCAAAGGGAGAAAAGGGUUACCCAGGAGAAGACAGUAAAACCGUAGGACUGCCCGGGCCCUUAGGUGAACCAGGAGCUCCAGGAGAGAAAGGUGAACGUGGGGAACCAGGAGAUGAUGGAUAUCAGGGUUACGCAGGGGUCGCUGGUGCCCGGGGAGCUCUCGGUCAGCAGGGAUCACCUGGGUCUCCUGGGCUACCUGGUCAAGCAGGACCCAAGGGCGAGAAAGGAAAUCAGGGGCUUGUUGGUAAAAAAGGAGCCCGAGGUCACGCUGGAGCACCAGGUUUGGAGGGGCCGCUGGGUUUGCCGGGGCCCAGAGGGACAGAAGGAUACCCUGGAUCUGAUGGACUUCCCGGUCUUCCCGGGUUUCUGGGUCUCCCUGGAUCGAAAGGCAGAACAGGUCAGCGUGGUGAUACAGGUCUAGAGGGGAGGGCGGGACUUCCUGGUCCACGCGGUGAGCUCGGACUUCCUGGUGUCGUCGGAGAGAGCGGUCCAGCGGGGUUAAAAGGCGAGAUGGGUUUAGCGGGGGACAGAGGACCAGCGGGCAUAAAAGGCAUGGAGGGGGCGACUGGAGACCAGGGCACGAAAGGACAGCAAGGUGCCAAGGGAGAGCCAGGUGAGCUGGGAGAUGCCGGUAUGAGAGGACUCCAGGGUUUUCCAGGACCAAAGGGACCAAACGGAGAUCUGGGGCUGACCGGAAUUCCUGGACCCAAAGGGCCAGUGGGUGUUCUGGGUUUCUCUGGUCCUGUAGGUCCUGUAGGAAUGAUCGGUCCAGAGGGGAAACCUGGUCCCAGAGGACCUAAAGGAAGCCGUGGAGAGAUGGGGCCGCAGGGGCCACAGGGCAAUCCAGGGCCACAGGGGCCUCCAGGUUCACCCGGCCCAUCGAUACGCGUCAAUGUGGACAUCACCGGUCUUCAUCUGGAGAGUUAUCAGAACACAGAUGGGUCUGUGGCCAAUCAGAACGCUGAGAUCUUCAAAACCCUACAGUAUCUGAACAGCGUCAUUAACAAUAUGAAAACACCAUUGGGAACACGUGAAAACCCUGCACGCUUCUGUAAAGAUCUGCUCGACUGCCAACACAAGAUGACUGAUGGAAUCUUCUGGAUUGAUCCGAAUCUUGGCUGCACAUCAGAUGCUAUCCAGGUGUUCUGUAACUUCACUGCAGGCGGACAGACCUGUUUACAUCCUGUCACCACGGAUAAGAUGCCAUUUGAUGUUGGAAAAGUCCAGAUGAAGUUUUUACAUUUGCUGAGUGUCACGGCAACCCAGACCAUCUCCCUCCACUGCUACAAUGACCCGACAACUUUUGCCAUCGAGACACCUGGGGCCUUGCGGUUCCGGGGUUGGAAUGGUCAGGUGUUCACAGAAAACUCGCCUCUGAGGCCUGAUGGGGUUCUGGACAACUGUGAGAUCCGUGAUGGUCACUGGCAUCAGUCCAGCUUCCAGUUUCAAACCCAGGACACUCAACAGCUUCCCAUCAUUGACAUACUAGGUCUCCAUUCCUCACAUCCCGUGGACCAGCGACAUCUGGAAUUGGGCCCUGUCUGCUUCCUGUGAGCCUGUGAAAUCACUGAAGGACUUUAGCUCUAACAGCCGAUUGUGAUAUCAGGUCAAUGGUGCACUGGGCGACUACAACACAUACUCCUGUAGGUCCUACGACGUUUCAAAAACCUUGAGAGGAAACCUCUCGUUUUGACUACGGCUGACUUUAAUGGAAGAACAAACGCUGUAAAGAAACAAUGAGAGCUCUUCUAGAGCACAAGACAUCAGCAUGUAUCGAGAGACUGCUGUUGUGUUUAAUCUGUUGAUUAUAAUGUGUUGUGGGUCAGUUUGUCAAGUGGCAAGAGUGCCACCCAAACCUGAAAUAGUAUUUGCCCCCGUAGGGCAACAUGCCCCGUCAACAAGGCGCAAAUUCUAGGGUGCCGUUGGCUCACAAACAAACGUGCAAUACCUUGUGGAUUGAGCGUUUGAUAUUGAAACAUUGAUGGUUACAUUGUCAAACAAGGUUUUUCUUGUUAGUAAACGAUGAAAACCCUGACCUGAACUCGUACCUCCCUUUAGAUGGUGCUCUACCUCCUUCACAUACAGGUGCUUGUGUUCAGGUGUAAGGCCCGAAACAUCUAUGCAAGUAUGUUAAUGCAAAAAAUGUUAUGCAUUGCUGCAUUCCGAAAUGUGUCAGAGCACAAUUCUCAAUGUGCAAGUAUGUGAAUGCAAAUGCUUCUAGCUACGCAACCUCGAUUUUUUUUAUUUUUUUUUAUGUUAUCUUCCGAAAUGUGUCAGAGCGCAAUUCUCUAUGUGCAAGUUUGUGAACCCAAACACUUCUAGCUACGUAAAUGUAAUUUUUUGCAUCAUGUUCUUAAAUGUGUCAUAGCGCAACUCUUAAUGUGCGAGUACAUGAACGCAAACUCUUCUAGCUAAGUAAAAUUAAUUCUGUGUGUCUUUAGUACCGAAAUGUGUCGGAGAGCAAUUCUCAACAUGUAAGUAUGUGAACGAACGCAAACGCUUCAUGCUACACAAACUUGAUUUUUUGCAUCAUAACUUUCCGUAAUGUGUCAUACCGCAAUUCUCAAUGUGCAAGUUCGUGAACGUAAACAUUUCUAGCUACGCAAACUCGAUUUUUGGCAUCAUUACGCUUCGAAAUGUGUCAGAGUGCAAUUCUCAGUGUGCAAGUAUGUGAAUGCAAAUGCUUCUAGCUACGCAACCUGUUUUUCUUUUUUUUGUGUGUCGUUAUCUUCUGAAAUGUGUCAGAGCGCAAUUCUUAAUGUGCAAGUACGGGAAUGCAAACACUUCAAGCUACACAAGUUUUUAGUUUUUCUUUGCGUCGUUAAUUUCGAAUUGUAUCAGAGCACAAUUCUGUGUGUUUAAGUGUGUGAACGAGCGCAAUUCAUAACUCAACACAAGUACGCAUAGAGGCAAGGGGCGCUUUAGCAGACGUUAGAUGUUAAAUGGUGUUCUUUUACUGUCUGUUUAAAGAGUCUUGCUAAGCGAUUUAUUAAAAAUUAGUUUCAUUGGUGACAUUUUUAUUGCUAGCUACCUGAAUAAUAACACAUCCGGUUUGAUGGCACAGACAUUUGAAGGUAACUCUAUCGCCCCCUUGAGUACGGAGGUUUGUUGCCAGCAAAAUAAUGCAAGAGUGCCCAUGAAUAUGUUCAAUGGGACCGCACACUUGCAAUGCCUAAGUAUUUGUGUUUGCGUACUUGCGUGAAGUAUGUUUCUGGCCUUAAGGUGUUUGUUUGUGCUGGCUUCUUCUGUUUAACUUUUGCAUUUGGUCAUUUCGAUCAGAACAAACCUAAUUUAUAUGAACAUUGUGUUGAUAAGUUAUGUUAUACAUUGGCUUAAUAUACGUUUUAUAUUAAGGAGAAUGCUCACUCAUGACCCUAACAGAGAUGUCACGAGUAUCUCAAGUAGUACCCCACAGUACAUGGAGACAUGCCAGAUUUUCAGUUUGUGAACCAUUAUGUCACAUUAUGUGAUUUGAAAUCAGUUGAAAUCAAUUUGAAAGUGUGUGCAUCACAUGACAAAAUAUAAUCAUGUACGUAAGUACUUUCAGUUGGAAUGAACAUGCACGUAAUGAAAAUGUGCUCUUGCGAGGGGUCGGGUGACUUCUCCAUUGUGCUACGCAUUAGUUAGUCUUUUAUUUGUAUUUUUUCCCCUCUGUGUAUAUUUUGACAUAAUAUGUUUAUUUAUGUUAUAGAUUUUUUUUUUUUUUACCCCAAAAAUACUGUACUCCAAUAAAUUAUAUCUCUCAGAGAUCUAUCUGGUCACUUACCAUCUAGUUAAAAUUCUUAUUUAUGUCAAAUAUGUAUUUGUAUAUAAACACAAAUAGGUGAGUUUAUGUUGUGUUGUGCUCUGGCAGCUGUGAUUGGCCAGAUUCAGAUCACGUGAUCAACACAGGAAGUAACGCCUGUUAACUUAUGAUUACAGUUAAGAAACUGUUAUUAAAUAUGCCUACACAAACAAACAAAAAAGACUAAAUGUACAUAUUAAAUAUUUUGACAUUAAAUAAAAUAUAUGUUUUAAU